AUGUCCCAGGUCAACAUCGGUAUCAACGGCUUCGGCCGCAUUGGACGUAUCGUCUUCCGUAACUCGGUCGUCCACAACAGCGCCAACGUUGUUGCCAUCAACGACCCCUUCAUUGACCUCGAGUACAUGGUCUACAUGCUCAAGUACGACUCCACCCACGGUGUCUUCAAGGGCGACGUCUCCACCAAGGACGGCAAGCUCAUUGUCAACGGCAAGGAGAUUGCCGUCUUCGCCGAGAAGGACCCCGCCAGCAUCCCCUGGGGCAAGGCCGGCGCCCACUACGUCGUCGAGUCCACUGGUGUCUUCACCACCAUCGACAAGGCCUCGGCCCACAUCAAGGGUGGCGCCAAGAAGGUCGUCAUCUCGGCCCCCUCGGCUGACGCCCCCAUGUACGUCUGCGGUGUCAACCUCGACUCGUACGACCCCAAGGCCCAGGUGGUCUCGAACGCCUCGUGCACCACCAACUGCCUGGCUCCCCUCGCCAAGGUCAUCCACGACAAGUUCGGCAUCGUCGAGGGUCUCAUGACCACCGUCCACGCCACCACCGCCACCCAGAAGACCGUCGACGGCCCCUCGGCCAAGGACUGGCGUGGAGGCCGUGCUGCGGCCGCCAACAUCAUCCCCUCGUCCACCGGUGCCGCCAAGGCCGUGGGCAAGGUCAUCCCUUCGCUCAACGGCAAGCUCACCGGCAUGGCCUUCCGCGUGCCCACCACCAACGUCUCGGUGGUCGACCUCACCGCCCGCCUCGAGAAGGGCGCCAGCUACGACGAGAUCAAGGCCGAGAUCAAGCGCGCCUCGGAGAACGAGCUGAAGGGCAUCCUCGGCUACACCGAGGACGCUGUCGUGUCGCAGGACUUCAUCGGCAACCCUCACUCGUCCAUCUUUGACGCCGCUGCCGGUAUCUCGCUCAACAACAACUUUGUCAAGCUGGUCUCCUGGUACGACAACGAGUGGGGCUACUCGAACCGAUGCCUUGACCUGCUCGUCUUCAUGGCCCAGAAGGACAGCGCGUAG